AUGGAUGUUUAUAAUCAAUUCACUGGGCUUCGAAUUGAUGGCCGCCCACCCAAUGAAAUGCGUUUAGUUGAGGCUAAAAUUGGAACAAUUCCUGGUUGCACUGGUUCUUCUCAUUUCAAGAUCGGUCAAACAGAAGUUAUUGCUCAAAUUUUUGGCCCAAGAGAUAACAGAUCAGGUGAUAAUGCAGCAGAAAUUCGUGUUACUUUCGAAUAUGCCGAUUUUGCAAAAGUUCCUCACGCUUCAGAUACAUCAAUGACAAGGAGAGGCAGAGAGAGCGAAGUUAUCAUGAAAAGAACAUUCGAAGAAGCAAUUAAAAGAGAAUUAUUCCCUCAUUCUAAAAUUUUAAUCGCUAUUACAGUUAUUCAAGAUGAUGGUUCAUGCCAGAGCGCUGCCAUUAAUGCUGCAACAUUAGCUUUGAUUGACGCUGGCAUUCCAAUGUUUGAUUUUGUUGUAUCUAUGACAGUUGCUUUAUAUGAUGAUAAAUGCUUCCUUGAUGCAGGCCGUGCAGAGUCAAAUGCUCGUUUCCCAGUUUUGGAAGUAUCUAUCUUCCCUUCAACCAGCGAAAUUUUAUCAAUGAACUUAACAGCAAGAAUCGAACCACAGGCAUCAAAGAAUUUGAUGGCCGCAGCUAUAGACGGAUGCAAGGAAUUACAUGCAAUUAUGCAAGAUGUUGUUCGCGUUGCUUCAAUGGAAAGAUACGCUCAAUCUAAAGGAGUCAGCAACUAA